GUUGGAGAACUCUCUGAGCAUCGUCACACCGGAGUUCCCCUUGGGCGAUGUGGCCCUACCACGCUGGGCAUCCAACGUUAGCGACUUCAUCAGCAAGAUGCGGGCGGCUCUUGAGAGUGAGCAUGUUUCGCAGCACCUGCCUUCCUGGAUUGAUCUGAUCUUCGGCUUCAAGCAAUCCGGCGAUGCAGCGGUGAAGGCGGAUAAUCUUUUCCACCCCGUAUGCUACGUGGGCUCCAAGGGCUCGCCUGAAGAAGCUGUGGAUGCAUUGUCUCUGCCCAUGGAAGUGUUGGAGACGCAGCUGCAGGAAUUCGGGCGAAUGCCUCGCCAGCUUUUUUUCGAGGCCCACCCACCCAGACUGAGGACACCAAAGUGGCCCCUGAGCAAACUCCAGGACGAGGGCCAGUCGGAGCCCUGGUACAAGGCCGUGCGCAGCAUCGCGCGUGAAAGCCUUGAGGGCACCUUGGAGAGGACGGACUUUGGAGCUGAGGGCCAGGGCUACGUGGCACCGGCUGUCAACGGAGCCAAGACGAGUCCGCCAGAGAGGCAAGCGCAAACGCAACUGCCUGGGCCGGCUGCUAUGUUCCAAGGCGGAGAGUUAUGGCGGUCGCGUGCAGGAAGCCUGUCGAGCCUGCGAUCUUUGAACGCGCAGGUGGUGGCUCCUUUCGCUUUGAGUGGAGGCAUUACAGGCAUGGCCAGUUGCUCCACGAACCUUUACGCCGUCGGAGAGGUGUCCUCACGUCGCAACUUCCGAAUCUCACCGAUGCCGCUGUCUGCUGUUGCGGCGCUCUGCGAGACCAUGUCGCACGAUGCUCGUGUCCGGCUCGAGAGACCAGUCGAUUGUAACUUGGGCGCUGACAUCGGUCGCUUGGCUUUCGUGGCCAGCCUGAAGAGCGAGACUAUAUUCGACGACUUGCAGCAGCCGGUGGCCUGCGCGGCCUGCUCUGGGCCUCUCGUUCUGGGCGCUUCCGACCAGCAGCUCAUGGCAUGGGACCGGCGGAGCGGGCAGCCUGUGCAGGGGCCCUCAGACAUGCUCGGGAUCACGCGAAGUCAUGUUCUUGUGUUCUUCAAAACUCGAGCCUGUGGCACCAUGGGCUCUUCCGCCUCUUGCAAGCAAGUGACACAUCUGCAGGUCGAGCUGUAA